AUGAUAACUAAGCAGUGCCACCCAGCUAGAGCAGAGCGGUGUUCCCUGCCUGUGCCUGGAUACACUGCGGAGCUCUCCGGGAGCAGAGCGGGCUCCUAGCGCACCGAAGGCAAAAUCCGUACUCGGAGGCGCACGGGGAGAGGGAGCCGGCGCCUCUUGGAAGUCACCGCAGGCAGCAGCCGGGGCCGCACUGGGGCUUCCCCCCGGAGCCGCCUGCCGCCGGGUCCGGUCUCGGCGGCCGCUCCCGCACCGCCGGCAGCCCGGGUCACGUGCGCGGUCCGUAAUCCCGGCGAGGGGGUGUCGUUACCGGGAAGGGGGGCGGCGGGAGGAGGGGCUGCCGCUCAUGAGGGCUGAAGCCGGGUGCGCGGCCGGCUGCGGGCGCCGCUGCGGCCAUGGCCUGGCCCUGCAUCAGCCGCGUGUGCUGCCUAGCCCGCUUUUGGAGCCAGCUGGACAAGUCCGACCUCUCCGUGCCGCUCACCAUCCACAACUACUCGGACAUCGAGGAGCAGGAGGACGGGCCCCACCACCAGCGCGGCGGAGCGCCUCCGCGGGGCAGCGCUCGCCCGCCCGCCCCGACCCCCCGCCCGCGGGACCCCGCCGCCGCCAUCGGGAAGCCGGGCGGGCGCAGAAAGAGCCGUGAGUCCGCCGGCGGAGAGCCCUUCGCAGCGGAGACCCAGUACCGGCGGGACUUCCGAGCGUGGCCGCUGCCGCGGCGAGGGGACGCCUUCCCCUGGGUCAGCGCCAGCAGCGGCGGGAGGGACGGGGCCGCCCCCCAGCCCGCCCCGGGCCGCGCCGCCUGCGCCCUGCCCGGCAGCGGCGGCCCCGAACAGCUCCGGCCGCGGCCACAGGCGGACGGCGGACACACCACCUCCUACAGGCAAGAGUAUCGCCCAUGGACUGGAGCAAAACCAUCCAAGCCUAUAAAGACAAAGCAAGGCUUCAUUAUCCCAGAAGACCAUUUUGUUAAAGAGACAAGCUACAAGGCAGACUUUAAGAUCCCAGAGGUGAAGACCAGGUUCUCCCCCAACCCUUCUGCUGUUUUCCAGGCGCCGUCACGGAUCCUCAACGUGUGAACCCAGACCCUCCUCACACCCAGGCAGCUCAGACAUGGAGUUAGAUGUAUCUAUGCAAUUUUCAUGAGGAGCGUUAAGAUCAAAGAGCCAGCGUUACCAACAGCAGCCCCAGUGAUUGAUGACAUGCACACAAACUUUAUGUUAACACAACAAACCGCAAAGCACUUGGUUCAGAGCUGGCAAACCAUGCUGUGAGGAGUGACCUAGUUUUACAUGGGAGCACGUUCAUUACUCUGCCAGCUGGCCUCACAUUAGGAGAUUGACUUCAGGCAGCAAAGGCAGCAAGUAUAGCAGGCAACAUCCCUGUGCUCAGAUACACAGGGUGGGAGGGGAAAAUAGUCACAAAUGGGAUGGAUAAUUAAAACCAAAAAGAGUUUCAUCUAGCAGGAUCCUCUUCAGUAAACAAGUGAAAGACAGGGAGCAUCUGGAUGACUUCGGAGCUUCUUGAGGGGUUUUGGAAACAGGACCUGAAAUGGCUGCACCAGAAAACAUAGCACCAAAAAGGCUGGUGUGAACUUCCAGGGUUGUUUCAGAAGCUGGAGGAAGCCAGCAUCAUUGAACUCCAAAAUGCAUCUGGCAUAUGCAGUGUCUUGGGGCUUCAAGGCUAGAAAGCUGGACGUUUCCAUGGCUGGUGGGCUC